GCCUGGGUCAUCUCUCAACAUACUUUUAUAAAGAAAUGAUUUCCAAUUCAAUAUAUAUAAAGUUCAAUGAGAUUCUACUCACGAUAAAUAGAUUUUCGAACACAACUCAUCUUUACUUUAUUGUACAUUCAGUACAUUGAUUUUCAAGAUGACUAAAAGGAAGCUUGACGACGAGAAUGACGCUACUCUAGCGGAUAUUCCAGUCAAUAUUACUUCUCGUUUUAAAUCAGACACUGGUGAAGUUCUACCUGGUGGUCUGCUAGAAUUACCAGUCAAUGUCACCAUAAAUAAAUUACAAGAAAUUUGCAAUGCUUUGCUGCAGCAAGAAGAUCCGUUACCUAUGGCAUUUUAUGUAAAUAAUGUAGAGAUCACAGAUACAUUGGAGAAAUUUGUAGGCAAAGACUUUAACAUUAAUGAAGAUGUUAUGGAAAUCGUAUAUCAACCACAAGCAGUAUUCAAAGUCAGAGCUGUUACAAGAUGCACUGGAUCCUUAGAAGGUCACAAAGAAGCCGUUAUAUCUAUUGCUUUUUCCCCGGAUGGCAAGCAUCUAGCCAGUGGUUCUGGUGAUACAACAGUAAGAUUCUGGGAUAUCCAUACACAAACACCACAUUAUACAUGUGAAGGACAUAGACAUUGGGUCUUGUGUAUUUCUUGGUCACCCUGCGGUUCUAAGCUUGCUUCUGCAUGUAAAAAUGGAUCAAUUUAUUUAUGGAACCCUCAUACUGGCAAACAAAUGGGAAAAGCCAUGACAGGACACAAAAAAUGGGUGACAUCUUUGUGCUGGGAGCCUUAUCAUAAGAAUCCAGAAUGCUUACAUUUAGUGAGUGCAUCCAAGGAUUGUGAUGUACGUAUUUGGGACACAAAGAGAGCACAAACUUGUCGCGUUUUGUCUGGUCAUACAAAAAGUGUGACUUGUGUCAAAUGGGGUGGUAGUGGUCUCAUUUAUUCUGCCUCUCAAGAUAGAACUGUCAAAGUAUGGAGAGCAGAAGAUGGUGUUUUAUGUAGAACUUUGGAAGGCCAUGCUCAUUGGGUGAACACUUUAGCCUUAAAUGUUGAUUAUGUGCUUAGGACUGGCCCUAUGCAAUUAGAUUCAGGUGCAAAAAAUCUAUUGGCAUAUGCAAGAAUGCGAUAUGAAUCUAUAGGUGAAGAAAAACUUGUAUCUGGAUCUGACGAUUUUACAUUGUUUUUAUGGAAACCAGAAAAAGAGAAAAAACCUAUUGCAAGGAUGACAGGACACCAGCAACUUAUCAACGAUGUUAAAUUUGCACCGAAUGGUUAUAUAAUUGCAUCUGCGUCUUUUGACAAGUCCAUCAAAUUGUGGGAAUCUAAUACCGGGACAUAUAUCGCUUCAUUAAGAGGUCAUGUUCAGGCAGUUUAUUCAUUGGCAUGGAGCGCUGAUUCUCGUCUACUAGUUAGUGGCAGUGCGGAUUCAACUUUGAAGGUUUGGAGCAUGAAAACUAAAAAGUUAAGCCAAGAUCUACCUGGUCAUGCAGAUGAAAUUUAUGCUGUCGACUGGUCACCAGAUGGUCUACGAGUCGCUUCAGGUGGAAAAGACAAAGUAUUACGAUUGUGGCAGAAUUAAAAUUUAAUUAAAAUUUAACAUAAACUUAUUUAUAAAAAAAAUCAUGGAAUAUAUUUUUUGAUUCCUGAAAUAA